GAGCAUCUCUUUCAACGUGGCCAGUGGUAGCGGGCGGGAAGGGGGUUACGGGUUUGGCUGCAGCCGGGCCAGUGGCUUUGCUGGCAGCAUGUUUGGCAGUGUGGCCCUGGGUCCUGCGUGUCCAUCCGUGUGCCCACAUGAGGGCAUCCACCAGGUCACCGUCAAUAAGAGCAUCCUGGCCCCCCUCAAUGUGGAGCUGGACCCCGAGAUCCAGAAAGUGUGCACCCAAGAGCGGGAGCAGAUAAAGGCUCUGAACAACAAGUUUGCCUCCUUCAUCGACAAGGUGCGGUUCCUGGAGCAGCAGAACCAGGUGCUGGAGACCAAGUGGGAGCUGCUGCAGCAGCUGGACCUGAACAACUGCGAGAACAAUCUGGAGCCCACCCUUGAGGGCUACAUCAGCAACCUGCGGAAGCAGCUGGAGACGCUGUCUGGGGACAGGGUGAGGCUGGACUCGGAGCUGAGGAGUGUGCGGGACGUGGUGGAGGACUACAAGAAGAGGUACGAGGAGGAGAUAAACAAGCGCACAACAGCCGAGAAUGAAUUUGUGGUGCUUAAGAAGGACGUGGAUGCGGCUUACAUGAGCAAGGUGGAGCUGCAGGCCAAGGUGGACGCCCUGCACGGAGAAAUCAACUUCCUCAAGUGUCUGUACGAGCGGGAGAUCGCUCAGAUCCAGUCCCACAUCAGUCACAUGUCUGUCAUCCUGUCCAUGGACAACAACCGGGACCUGGACCUGGACAGCAUCAUUGCUGAGGUCCGGGCCCAGUAUGAGGAGAUCGCCCUGAAGAGCAAGGCUGAGGCUGAGGCGCUGUACCAGUGCAAGUUCCAGGAGCUGCAGCUGGCAGCCGGCCAGCACGGGGAUGACCUCAAACACACCAAGAACGAUAUCUCGGAGCUGACCCAGCUCAUCCAGAGGCUGUACUCGGAGAUCAAGAGUGUGAAGAAACAUUGCUCCAACCUGGAGACAGCCAUUGCCGAUGCCGAGCAGCGUGGUGAUUGUGCCCUGAAGGACACCCAAGCCAAGCUGGACGAACGGGAGGCUGCCCUGCACCAGGCCAAGGAGGAGCUGGCCCGCAUGCUGCUCCAGUACCAGGAGCUGAUGAGCACAAAGCUGGCCCUGGACCUGGAGAUCGCCACCUACAGGAAGCUGCUGGAGGGUGAGGAGUGCAGGUCGGUGGUGGGAGGGGUAUUAGAACAUUAGAGCUGGAAGAACGUU